AUGAAACCUCUCUUGAGCAAAAUGAUAAGCCCUUUUCAGGCUGCUUAUGUCCCUGGGAGAAAUAUUCAAGAUAAUGUCAUUAUUGGUCAUGAGUUGGUUCACACAAUGAAAAGAAAAAGGAAAAAGGACAAAUGGGGUGUCAUGGGCCUUAAACUUGAUACAGUCACUAAAGAAGCUCCAAGUAUCAGUCAUCUUCUCUUUCCAGAUGACUGUCUCAUCUUUGAUAAAACCUCUCACUCUGAAGCUACUAAUUUAUUGAGCUUAAUUAAGGAUUUUAGUAUUGCUUCUGGUCAGAAUGCUAGUAGUAUUUUAGGCAUUAGGAUUCCUUUGUCUGGCUGUGACAGAAUCAUUUGUCAACACAGUAAUAAUGGUUUGUUUACUGUCAAAUCAGCCUAUAAAAUCAUCUCUGGCCAGAAUGUUUACAUGAACAAUCCUCAGCGUAGUAAUCCUAUUUACAGAUCUCUGUGGAAGCUUCCCAUUUUGCCCAAAGUUCAGAUUUUUGCUUGGAAGUGCCAUGAAAACAUUCUUCCAGCUAAAACUGUGCUUGCGAGAUUUUCCAAUGGUCAUGACACAUCUUGUAAUAUGUGUAACUCUGGUAUUUCUGAAUCACCUAAACACAUUAUAUUGCACUGUGAAUUUUCGAAAUCUGUUUGGUCUCUAGCCCCUUAUGCAGAUAUUAUUGAACAAGAUAGUACUUCUAACAUUAACCUGCAUGAUUGGGUUAUUAAAUGGUUGUCGGAUGAUGGAUUGAUAAAGAAGGCAAGGUCUGUCUUUUCAAUUGCUUGGAGCAUUUGGAAAGAUAGAUGUUCCAGUGUCUUUCAAGGAAAAAAUCUUAAUCACCAGUCUACUGCUAGACUUGCUCUCAUGUUAAUCAGUGAUACUGAUUCAUACUUGAAUAAUUGUAUUUCUCAUGAUUCAGUUAAACCAGCCUCAGUAGAUGAUAAAACCAUUGAUCAUGUUCAUUUUGGAUGCAAACUCAAAGCUGAGAAUGUGAGAAAUGCUGAGGAAGUCGAAAGUCUGGCCUUAUUUGAAGAAGUGAAAUGGGCUAAAACUAAAGGGCUAGUUAAAGUAUGCUUUGUCAGUGAUGCUAAAAUAGUAAUCGAUUCCUUUAAUUCAAGUAAUAACCAAUUGCACUGGUAUAAUAGAACAGUCCUGGAUGACGGCAAAACAAUUAGUUCUUGUUUUAGUUUAGCAAGAUUUGAAUUUUUGCAUAGAAGUCAUAUAAUUCUAGCAGAUAAAGCAGCAAAGUGUAGUAGAAGGUCAAUAACCUCUGGAGAAUGGAUGGGUUAUAUCCCUGCAUUCUUAAAAUCUUCUAUGUAA